AGCCCUUAGUUACUGAACAGGAGACAUACUGGGACUGGCCAUUUCAUAAUUCUUUGAUUUUUUAGGCUGGGCUAAAUUUUCUCCUUCAAACUUGUGGUCUUAGUUACUGUGGCUUGGUGUGGAUUUCCACCCCAGUUGGUGUGGGCUGAUGCAGCUUCACUAGGUACCUUUGCUGGUGUGGCUUUGGCUUGGGGACUUUGCUUUGGCUUCUUGUUGGCUGGUUAAUGCUGAAGACUGGUAUGAGUCUGUGACUGGCUUCAGCCUCUUUGGAGUUUGGUUAGUUAUUUUCAGUGUCCCAAAAUUAUAUUUUGGUUUGGGUGUCAGAGGGGAAUAUUUGUCACUACAAAAAGGGCUGAGAGUGUAAAAUUGCCAGUCAGAAAGGCACAAAAAGAGCGAAAACAGAGAUCAACAAUUUUAUUUGUGAAUUUUGUAGGAUGUGGGAGCUGCUUUACCUAUGCGAUUAUUGAAUCGAAUAUGGAGUACCCUGUGCAAGAUGGCCACCAACGAUCCGUCCGAGGACGAGCUCUCCAUCCCGCGCGCCUCCAUGAACAAGAUGAUCAAGGAGGUUCUGCCGCGCAUCCGCGUGGCCAACGAGUCGCGCGAGCUGAUCCUCAACUGCUGCAAGGAGUUCAUCCUGCUGGUCUCCUCCGAGGCCAACGCCGUCUGCAACGAGCAGAACCGGCGCACCAUCAACCCGGACCACGUGCUCACCGGACUGGACAAGCUCGGCUUCUCCGACUACCGCCAGGCGGUGGAGGAGGUGGCGCGCCAGUGUAAGGACAUCACCGCCAAGCGGCGCCGCCAGAGCACGCGCCUGGAGAACCUGGGCAUACCCGAGGAGGAGCUGCUCCGUCAGCAGCAGGAGCUGUUCGCGCGCGCCAGACACGAACAGAUGCUGGCCGACCAGCAGCACCUGCAGCAGAUCAGUCAGUUGCAGACCGACGCGGAGAUGCACGCGGCGAUGCGCUCGGCCAUGGUCCACUCGAGCGACGAAGACGACGAUUACUCGUGAUGAGGCCGACCUCUGGCCGACGACCGGCCCGACACGGGCCGCGGCUGACGGUGUGCCCGGCCGGCCGGCCACGCUCGGGACCCACCGACCACCACAUAUCACUCUGGCCGGCCGCCGCGGGUCCCGCGAUCUCAGCACGGCCCGUUACACCCGACACGCGCCCCAGAGCCGUCCCCGCGCCGCCGGUGGCCCCAGGGAGCUUUACGGCCGUCGGCGCGGUGUCGCCGCCCGCCGGCGGCCCCUGGACGGACGAGCUGCGGCGCCGGCGAGGUUCGUCGCGGGGUGAUUCAACACGCGCGGGUAGAGCACAGUCGGUGGACGACGCGGGGUCCGCCGCGCGCGCUACGGGGUGGGAGGGAGGGGGAGUCUGCUGUGAUCAACGCUAGCGGAUCGUAUGUGCAGUUUGUACUUGUGCUGCGCGCGUUUGUAUAGGGUGUGUGCUGGUGAGGCUCGGUUGUGUCGCAUAGCGUGUGGGGACUCGGCGUGGUCUUUCUGUACGCAUUUCUCGACGAUUGCCCAUCGCUGCUCAAUGUGAUGAACCACUCAUCCGAAUGGCACUAUUUUUCACCGAGGCGGCCGCGCGGGUGCCUGCCGUAAUUCUGACGCUGGUGGCGCCGUCCAGCCUGUGUGGACCAGCGGUGUGUGUCCGUGAGCGGCAGAGCUGCGUCCGCCGCCGGCAGCGGGGCGCGGACCGGCGCCGGCACUCCGGCCCCUACCGAGCCACCGCACAUUGUGAUUGUCGUGCCGCGUACCUCGAAAGUUUGUGAUCCAGGUGCCACGUACGUUGUAAGUACUUGGAGGUUUUGCAAUAAAUGCCAGCGCACGUGAGUGUGCUUCCACAA